UAUGUUCAUUGUAAAACAAACUUCUCCCUACAUUUUUCCAGAAGUAUAAUCAAUAAUGAUGUCACUUACAUUCAUACAAUUCCUCUUUGCUUUUAGUCUUAUGCUCCUUGUUCAUGCCCAAGAUCAAUCAGGCUUCAUCAGCAUUGAUUGCGGCUUAGCUGUAAAUUCUAGUUAUACUGACGUGAAUACAGGCAUCAAGUACAUUUCAGAUGCAAGAUUCAUAGACACUGGUGAAAGUAAGUCAGUAUGGCCCAAUCAAAGAAAUAACUACACACAGCCAUACUGGAAUCUUAGGAGAUUCCCAGAAGGAACCAGGAACUGCUACAAAAUAAAUGUCACAAGUGGAAUGAAGUAUUUGAUUCGAGCAGGUUUCUUUUAUGGAAAUUAUGACGGCGAUAAUAAGUUACCAGUAUUCGAACUACAUCUUGGAGCUAACUCGUGGGAUACUGUGAGGUUUAAGGAUGCAUCAACUGACAAGAAAAAGGAGCUCAUACAUACCCCCUUGCGAAAUUACAUUCAUGUUUGUUUGGUGGACAUAGGCUCUGGGAUACCAUUUAUAUCAGCUAUAGAGCUAAGGCCUUUACCUAAUGAGACUUAUCAAACACAAACGGGUUCCUUAGAACUUGUUUCGCGGUAUGACACUGGUCAAAUGGGUACUCGUAGAGGAUACAGGUUUCCAUUUGAUAUUUUUGAUCGCGUCUGGUCGCGUGCAUAUAACGUCGAGGAUUCAGCACAAUUAAGUACACCAUUCACCGUUAACUCUUCUUAUCACAAUAAAUACCGUCCACCGUCUGAUGUCAUGCGUACUGCCGCCACGCCGAGAGAUCCAAAUGAUCCUUUGAAUAUCCGGUUGCCGCCUUCUAAUGAUAUCAACGCAGAAUAUCAUAUUUACAUGCACUUUGCAGAAGUUGAAAAGCUCCAACCCAACCAGUUUAGACGGUUCAACAUCACUAGGAAUGGAGACCCCUUUUAUGGGUCAGUUACUCCUAGUUACUUGUACACAGCUACUAUUUCUAGCUCUAAAGCUUUUGGCGGACAACAAAAUAAUUUUUCAAUCUUCAAGGCUGAGAACUCUAGUCUUCCACCCAUACUCAAUGCUUUUGAGAUUUAUAAGGUGAAAGAAUUCUCAGAAUUGGAUACAGACCAAGAUGAUGUUGUUGCAAUCACAAACAUCAAGGAAACUUAUAAAAUUAGGAAAAACUGGCAAGGAGAUCCAUGUUCCCCUCAAGCUUACUCAUGGGAGGGCAUAAACUGUAGCUAUCAUGCUUACGAGCCCCUAAGACGAAUUACAACCUUGAACUUGUCCUCGAAUGGAUUAACAGGGGAGAUAGCUCUUUCUAUAUCCAAUCUGGCAAAGAUACAAACUCUGGAUUUAUCAAACAACAACUUAACAGGUUCAAUUCCAGAGUUUUUGUCUCAAUUACCAGAUCUAAAUUUCAUAAACUUGGAGAAAAACAAGCUUACAGGCUCAGUUCCAGUUGGAUUAAUUGAGAAGAGGAAGAAUGGUUUGCUAUCACUAAGUUUGUGCCAAAAUCUAAAUCUAUCCGGAAACGUUCCUUGCAAGUUAAAGAAGAACCACAAAUUCAUUAUUCUCGAAGUGGUGUCAAUCUCUGGAAUUUCCAUCCUCUUGUCAAUUGUAGCAGCUAUCUUCUGCUGGGGUCUUAAAAGGAGAAAACAACAGGGAGAUGUCACAAAUGUGAAAGCCACUAUUCAAUUGGGCUCAAUGGAAUCGACAAAACGAAAAUUUACCUACUCUGAGAUACUCAAGAUUACCAACAACUUUGAAAGGAUUCUUGGAAAAGGUGGAUUCGGAACCGUUUAUCAUGGUUACCUAGACAAGACUCAAGUGGCUAUCAAGAUGCUUUCACCGUCAGCAGUUCAAGGAUUUCAACAAUUUCAUGCAGAGGUUGAUCUUCUUAUGAGGGUUCAUCACAAAAACUUGACAAAUCUUGUUGGAUAUUGCAAUGAUAAAACUAGAGUAGGCCUGGUCUACGAGUAUAUGUGCAAUGGAAACUUACAAGAACAUCUUUCAGAUAGCAGUUCAAAUAUCUUGACUUGGAAAGAACGACUUCGAAUAGCAAUAGAUGCUGCACAAGGAUUGGAAUAUCUGCACUAUGGUUGCAAGCCACCCAUAAUCCACAGGGAUAUAAAAUCAACAAAUAUCUUGCUGAAUGAAAAUCUUCAAGCUAAACUAUCAGAUUUUGGCCUAUCCAAGAUUUUUCCAACUAAUGAUGGGACUCAUGGGAUGAGUCAUGUUGGCACUCCUGGGUACCUCGACCCCGAAUACUACCUAUCAAGUAGGUUAAAUGAGAAGAGUGAUGUUUAUAGCUUUGGGAUUGUGCUGCUAGAAAUCAUCACAAGUCGACCUGUUUUAUCAAAACUACAAGAGAGAAUUCACAUUAGCCAAUGGGUUGGUUUCAUGCUUGAGAAAGGAGAUAUAUUCAGUAUUGUUGAUUCAAGACGAGGUGAAAAUUUCCAUGCUAACUCAGUCUGGAAAGCUGUGGAAAUAGCAAUGGCAUGUGUGUCUCCAAAUGUCAUCGACAGGCCAAUCAUGAGUGAAGUGAUUGUGGAACUAAAGGAGUCUUUGGCAACAGAACUGGCUCUAACAAAGCAGAGCCAUGAAACUGAAUCAAGAAUUUCCAUUGAGAUCAUGUUUAACAAUUCCAUUGCUAUGCUUACUCCCUCAAUUAGGUAGUAUAUAUGUAUCUUGCAAUACCAGAACAUUUAAAGUCUUGAAGAAAUCCUUGUGUUCAUGUAUGGGUCAAUUUGGUGAAACAUUUCAAAUAUAUCUAAAAUGAAGCUAGUC